CUCUCUUACUUAUCUCUUCCUAAACGUUCUUUUACUGUUUGUUAACGUUUCGCUGAGAACGUAUUAUUCUCGUGAAGCGUGAACCACGUUUCGUGUCGUAAGACUUAAAGAAUGCGUUACGUGGCCGCUUAUCUUUUGGCUGUCCUGGGGGGCAAGCCCUCAGCUACUCAAAAUGAUAUUGAAAAAAUUUUAUCAUCUGUUGGAAUUGAAGCAGAUGCUGAAAAACUUAAAAUAGUUAUAUCAGAACUAAAUGGAAAAUCAAUUGAUGAACUUAUCGCACAAGGACGUGAGAAGUUAGCGUCCAUGCCAGUUGGUGGAGCUGCAGCUGUAAGUGCAGCUGCAGCACCAGCUGGAGCUGCUGCUGCUCCAGCUGAAGAAAAGAAAGAAGAGAAAAAACCAGCAAAGGAAGAAUCUGAAUCGGAAGAUGAUGACAUGGGCUUUGGUCUUUUUGAUUAAAUUAAAUAACAGUAAUAACUGUGUAAUGACCAUCUACAAAUUAUGUAUAAUACAUUCUGACAACAUUUUAAAAUAAAUUGUAUUUUUAAUUUACUAUAA